CGCCCAUGUCCCACUUCGUCAUCCAACAAGAGAGAAAAUUUCCUCUCACACACUUCCGGACACGAGCGUGCCAAUUCAGCCCUCUGUACUGAGAUUUAUCAUGAACCAUGUACAGAUCUGAAACCACCGGCCCAACUAAACGAGUGAUUUUUCCCAACACCGAAGGAUUUACAAGACUGAAUAGAGCGGAUCAAAACUUGAUUCAACUUUUGGGUACAGAGUAAGUCACGCGGAGUUCACAGGAGGAUUUUCCACACUUGAAUGACAAAGGCGAGCCCGUGGGAAAACCUCGCGCCUUCACAAGAUGGAUAAAAGAACGGGACUGUUUCAACCUUGCAUUUUAUGUCUCGCGCUUGUGGUGGUCUGUGAGAGCCGGGUGGUGAAGGUUCCAGUUGGUCCACUGGUGCAUGUCGAGGGGCAGGCUGUGUCCAUUCGCUGUGAUGUAUCGGAGUACGAUGGACCUAGAGAUCAGGAGUUUGAGUGGUCUAUGGUGCUCACUGGUGACCAGCAGCUCCAACUUAUCUCCACAUUUGACAACACUUACACUGACCCUUCAGUGAGGGACCGGGUCAAAAAUGCUGACAUCAGUUAUAGUAAGCUCGGGGAUGCUGCUGUGGAACUAAAGUUCAAGAAGGUCAGAGCAACAGACAGUGGCGUCUAUCGUUGCAGUACCCCAAGCACAGAUUCGGUCUUUAGUGGGAACUACAAUGCUGAUGUGGAGCUCAAAGUGAUUGGGGACAGUCUGAAGUUGGCUCCAGCCAUACCCAAACCAAUAGUGUCUGAGGGAGAAUCAGUGGAGCUUCGCUGCAACGCUACCCGAGGCUUCACAGAGCACACUUUCCUUUCAGUCACCUGGUCUAUCAGAAAAGGGAAGAACCCAUUAGUGGAAAUCUUGACGUUUGGACCAGAUGAUAAGAUCGUAGUAGGGAGCAACUAUGUCCAGCGUAACUCGGACAGUGGGUUUCAGCUGGACCUUCGUGGAGGGGGCUUUUAUGGACUGGUUCUGAAAGGAGCACAGCCAACAGACCAAGGAGAAUAUGCAUGUACGGCCCGCGAGUGGGUGAGGCAGGGAGAAGGUAGAAACUGGCAGAAGAUUCUGGAAAGGACUGAGGAAAUGGGAAAGGUCUUGGUUACACCCACAGCCCAGUCUCUGGUGGUUGCCGUGGAGAAGAACACUACACUCAACGUGGAGGACACUCUGAAUCUGACCUGCAAAGUGUCUGCUAAUGGCCUGCCCUCUCUCAGUUUGGAAGUGAUGUGGCUGGUCAGAUCAGUCGAUGGCUCCAGCAGCCCACGGGUUCUAAUCCAUAUAGGACAUGAUGGGCUCUUACAGAAUGGGUCAGAAGCUGUGGGUGUGAGCAGAGUCAAUGCAGGAAAUUUCCGACUGCUCCUUCACAAGGUAGAGGUCUCAGAUUCUGGACUGUACUCCUGCCUUGUCAAGGCCUGGCUUCCACAGGGCAAUGGAAGAUGGUACCAGGCAGCGGAGAAAACAUCUGACCCAGUACAAGUUCUGGUGACCCAUCUAGAGCCACAGUUUAAGGUGACCCUAGAAGCACCUCUGACCCCUCAGUUCACCAGUGACCCCACUGAGCUACGCUGUCAGGUGACCGACCUCCUCCACCUCCAAGAUGGCCAUCUGGGCGUGUCCUGGUCUUUCUCCAUUAACACACCUGGAGAUGCGUCUAAGAAGAAGAGUACGAUAGCUUCCCUGAAUGAGCAUGGAGCUCUGAUUACAGGCAGUGAGUACCAGCAGAGGCUGGAGAGAGGAGAAAUAGUAGUGACCAGAAGAGAACCCAACAUCUUCACUCUGCGAGUGCUUCAGACUCGAGACACAGACAUGGGCUCUUAUUUUUGCACCGUGACUGCAUGGACUCCUGCCCGGCAAGGAGGAUGGGAAAAAGUGACGGAUGUCCAGUCAACUCCUGUGAUUGUUCAGUGGUCACCAAAGAUGCCGGUUUUGCAUGUAGUAGCCCAUCGCGUGAGAGAAGCUUCCACUGGUGGAUCCACAUUUGAGAUGAGCUGCCAGGUGACUGGUCAGAGCCUGCAGAGUCCUGGUUACUCUGUUCUCAUCCGCUUUGAGAAGAUAUUGGGAGGAAAGUCACGCAAAGUUUUAUCACUCAGCCCGGACUCAGUCCUGCAGCUAGAGGAGUGGAGCGAGCCGAGCCGGAUUGACAGUGUUGUUCUGGAGAAGACAGGGCAGCUUGAGUACCGCUUCCGUUUGUAUGGGGCGAUGGUCUCGGAUCGUGGGUUCUAUUAUUGCGAUGUAACAGCCUGGACUCGUGACAAGAGCCAAGACUGGAUCAAAGCCGUCAGUGCAGAAUCCAACAAGAUCGAGAUCGCUUUUGCAGACACAGGUCCAUUAUUCAACAUAUCCAUUCGUUCGGAUGCCAACAAGGUGUUACCUGGAGAGACAGUCAAAAUGAAGUGCAUCAUGUCCACGCUGGGCACCACUCCGAGCACCGGUGAUGUGGCGUUUGACAUACGCUGGUUCCAGCGUCCAGAGCGGGCUGUAGAUAAUGGAGGCAUCACACCUUUCAUCAGUAUGGACCGCUGGGGUGUGGUGAAAAAGACUGGCUCAAAUGACAGCACUCAGUGCAGUCUUGAGCGCACCGACCGGCAGACGUUUGUCCUCAGUGUGCACAAGACCCAACACGGGGAUGUGGGAGAAUACUACUGUACCGCCACACCUUGGCUCCUGUCCCCUUCUACCGGAGCCUGGACCAAGGGACAGGACCUCACCUCUGCUCCUGUGUUUCUCUUUGUCAAUAUAGAAUUGUGGGAAUCGCUGAAGAUGCCUGUGGGAUAUGGCGUAGUUGCUGCUGUGAUCGCUGGGCUUCUCUCAGUGCUGCUAGGUCUCGCUGUUGCCCACUGCUGUUUCUCCAGGAACCCCAUGCACACGCCCCGCCCCCGCAACCAAAAGCUUCCGAAGCUAAUGGAUCUGGAGAUUGAUUAAACCAGUCCACCUUCCCACGGCUGUGGCCCGACCUUGUGCUAAACCACUACAGCCGCCUUGUAUUACGCCACUGGACAGGGUGUCCUGACAUGGAUAUGCAAAUUGCUUAAAAAGAGAUGGAGAACCUGUUUGAUCAUCUGCAUUAAGAGUAUUGGGCCACACCAUGUUCACACAAGGGAGUGAUAGACUUAUUAUUCUCAGGAAUUGUGCACUGUGGCCCAAGCAGCAAUGUUACACUUUGCGCAAUUGAUAAUUCUUAGUUUUUCAUGGGAAUCAUGGGAAGGAGUCCAAUAAAAGAGCCAAGAAUCACAGAGUUGCUCUGCCCUACGAUUCUGGCUGAAAUUCUGUAUCAAAUUGUAGACUGACCUUUUAAACCGCUGUCAUCUCCAGAGGCUUGAUUUGUCAUGUUGCCUUUGGAUAUACUCUGUGGCCCGCCCCUUCCUGCCUGUCAGAGUUAUGUCCCCAACAGUUGGGGCCCCUGAAAGGGUUGACCUUCCCGGUCUAAGGGCAAAGGAGGAGAGAUAAGUUGGCUGAUGGUUGAGCGCACCAAGACUGACACUGCAUUCUUGUGGGAUCCAGAAGUGACCAAUUAAUGCACAGCACACUCAGACAAACCAAAAGACUGUCAAUCUGUGGCUUGGCCUUAAGAGCCUUGCCUUAAAAAAAAUGCUUGACUGGUUAGAGGCAUUUCAACGGCCCUCAUAACUGAGAUCCACAUUGUUGUUAUUAACUCUUUCCUAACCUGUUCUUUCCUGCCCACAAACAAUGAGAAACAUGAAUAUCAGUUACUAACACGUUGUUGUUGUUUUUUUUUUUUUAUAACAAAAUGCACUCAUUGCACCCUCACUUACAGGACUGACCCGCACUGACGUGGUUGCAGUAGAUCCUUUUGUGCACAUGCUCGCUUUAAUCCACUAUGUGGUGAGCCAAGUAUUUUCAGAGAGGUGAAGCUGUUGGAAUGCGCGCCACUGCACACAAUGAAGUGGUUUCACUGUAGUAUCUCAGAGUGAGAGUGCCAUCCAGACCCACAUUUAUUGAGAAGUCAUUAGAAGGGAAGUUUCCGCAGUUUUACUUUAAUGUUGUUGCUUUAUGAUAUAUGUAAGUAGUCGUUUUUAAAAAAAUUGGUCAGAUUUUAAGUUCUGUAAAUUUGUAUGUGCUUUUUUCAUCUGUUUUUUUUUUUUUUUUUUUUUUUUGGUCAGUGACAGACUCUCCAGCUCUCAAAAAAAAAAAAAAAAAAAAAAAAACAUGAAAACCAAUGUAAAAUAAUUAUUUUAAUAAAACUUUUUAAAAUGCUUGA